AUGCCAACGAAGACCAAAGGAUUCAAGGAAGGAAGGUGCUCUUGCGGUAAUGAUCGUGGGAAGUGCUUUCUGUAUCAGCCUGCAGACGGGUCUCCGUCUGUAGAUGCAUUUUUGUGUCUGGAAGAUGCGACGAAGGGCUUCUUUCACGAGGUUCAUCAGUGUAAAUGCGUCGAAGGAAAGUUAUCACUGGACGUUUUCGAGCAAGAACGGUCGAAGGCUGCAGGUCCCGACGACUUAUUCAUCAUGUAUUGCACGAGUCAAGUGACGGCUGACCUACGUAUACUGCCAAAUUCCGCGUUUGUCGAUGCCACCUGCUGGGAAGCGUACUACGGCCCAUUUGCUGCUCGUGCAUUUUUCAUCAAGUCUGUUCCUUUACCGUGCAUCAACACAAGCUCCCAGGUCCAGCUGGAGUUCGUGGAGGGUGUGGACCCACGCUACUGUGCCCGAAUAGCAAAGAAGCGUCCAUUCGCCAGCCUGGAAGAUGCUCUUAUGAAGACAAAGAUUCCAGCCAAGGUUCUUAAACGAUUCAAUUUCAACACGGAUUCGCGCUAG